GCUGUCCGUGGAUGUUUUCUUCUAUAGAGAGGGCUACAUCCGUGGGACAGUCUCCUAGCGACACUUCCUCCUUUACGGCAAAUGGAACAUGGCGGAGAAAUCCCAAGACGGGCUGGAGCUCAGCAAGGAAUGGCAGGAGGCAGCAGACAUGAGAGCGGAGCUGCUCCGCUACCUGAAGGAGCAGGUUCCACGGAUUUUUUGCCUGAAGAAGGAGUCCAGUCCUCAGGAGGAGGAGGAGAUCAUGCAAAGCCGCCUCCUUUACCCCCUGGAGUGUUUUCUCUUUGGAGAAGAUCCUCAGGAGGGUCUUGAGAAGCUCAAACAGGGCAGCACCUCCUCUCAGCUCUGUGGACGCGUCUUCAAAGAGGGAGAGACUGUCUACUCUUGCAGGGAUUGUGCAAUAGAUCCCACUUGUGUACUCUGCAUGGACUGCUUCCAGGAUAGUGUGCACAAAAGCCAUCGGUACAAGAUGCACGCAUCAUCCGGUGGGGGAUUCUGUGAUUGUGGGGAUGUGGAGGCCUGGAAGAUUGGCCCUUACUGCUCUAAACACGACCCAGGGGCAGCAACUGCCAUGGUAACGGAUGAGUGCACAUUGGAGCCCGAGUUAUAUGAACGUGCUGAGAAGUUGUUCCGCAUAUUGCUGCGCUAUGUCACAGAUUUCUUAGUGUGGGAGGAAAACUUUGAGCUAUCGCCUGAACUCCAGCCCCAGACAAAAGACAAUGCAUACUACUGUGUGCUCUACAAUGAUGAGCACCACUCGUAUGACCAUGUGAUUUACACCCUGCAGCGUUCUGUUAACUGUGACCAAGCAGAGGCACAGACACACACAGCACUUAUUGACAAGGAGGGUCGGAGGGCAGUAAAGAGGGCAACUCUUCGUUCCUGCCAACAAGCAAAAGACCUCAUAAUGUCCAACUCGGAGCACAUUUCCUUGCAGCCAUUACGUGUGGAAAUCUUGCAUUCAUCUGUAAUGGCUCAUCAAACCUUUGCUCUUCGCCUCGGCUCCUGGUUCCAAAAGAUCAUCGGUUACUCAGCGGGUUUCAGGCAGGCCUUCUGCCAGGUGGCUUUGGAGCCCAACCCAGACAGUGACCGCCCUUGUCUCAUCAGCAGGCUCAUGUUACACGAUGCCAGGAUGUACAAAGGGGCUCGCAAGAUUGUGCAUGAACUUAUUUUCUGCAGUAUGCUAAUGGAAACAGAAUUCAAAAGGCUUUUUGCAAUUGAGUUUACAAAGCACUAUAAGCAGCUGCAAAAGGACUUCAUCAAUGAUGACCAUGAGAAGAGUAUUUCCAUCACUGCUCUGUCCGUUCAGAUCUUCACUGUUCCCACGCUGGCCAGACAUUUGAUAGAGGAGGGUAAUGUCAUUAAGGUGAUAGUUGAUACAGUCAUGGAAUUGCUGCGUGAGCAUCUGGAUGACAGCAAUCGCUUCUUUUUCCUUGGCUACAACUCAGACAAGUUCUCGCGCAUUCAGGUCAUCUUCCAUGACCUCAGGUAUAUUCUCAUCAGUAAACCUUCAUUGUGGACUGAUGAGCUGCGGAAGCAGUUCCUAGAAGGAUUUAAAGUCUUUCUCAGUCUUCUCAAAUGCAUGCAGGGCAUGGAAGAGGUUAAGCGCCAGUUUGGUCAACACAUUGCAGUUGAGCCAGAAUGGGAAGCUGGCUUUUCUUUACAGAUCCAACUCCGCCACAUUCUUGCUAUGUUCCAGGAUUGGUGCUCAUCUGAUGAUGAUAUUUUGCUGCUUGCAUUCAGAGAGUGCCACAAAGUCCUGAUGCAGUGCAACAAUCAGCCCUUUCUCAGGGAAGCUGUUGAUUACUACAUGUGCAAGCACAUCCUCCACGUUCGUCCAUACAAAGUGUCUCAGGAUCCAGUCAGCAUCCAUCUGCCUAUCUCUAGGUUACUGGCUGGCCUCUAUGUGCUUCUCUGCAGAACAGGAGCUGGUGAUCGACUGCAUGAUCCUGAGAACUAUGACUAUAUCCAAAUGGCAGAGCUUCCUCUUCGAUGCGUGGUGUUGGCUGCACAGGUCUCGGCUGAAAUGUGGAGGAGAAAUGGGCUUUCAUUAGUCAGCCAGGUCUACUACUAUCAGGAUGUCAAAUGCAGAGAUGAGAUGUAUGACAAAGACAUUCUCAUGCUGCAGAUAGCUGCUUCCAAAAUGGAUGCCAACCACUUCCUCAUGCUCAUCUUGUUGAGAUUUGAGCUCUUUGAUUAUUUUAAUGGAAGUUGUUCAAGCAAAGACCAGGAUGAACUGAUUCAGUGGAAUCGUUUGACAGAAGAGAUGCUUUACCUCUUGAUCGUCAUUGUUGGUGAGCGAUAUGUCCCUGGGAUCAGCCACGUGACCAAAGAGGAUGUGACGAUGAGGGAGGUAAUCCACCUACUAUGCAUUGAACCCAUGGCUCAUAGCAGCCUGGUCAAAGGCCUUCCAGAAAAUGAAAGCCACGAAACAGGCCUGGAGACUGUUAUUACCAAAGUUGCUACCUUCAAAAAACCAGGAGUAUCAGGACAUGGCUUAUAUGAAGUAAAAAAAGAGCGUUUGGAAGAAUUCAACCCUUUCUUCUACCAUUAUUCACGGUCUCAGCACAGCAAGGCAGAAGAGUCUCAGAAGAAGAGGAGGACUCAGGAGGGGAAUGAUAAAGCUCUGCGUCCUCCAUUGCCCCCGGCUUUCUGCACACACUUUGCCAGCAUAGUGCGCCUACUCUGCUGCGACAUUAUCAUCCACAUUCUGAGACGUGUCCUGCAGAGAGCUGCAGAGGAACGGACCACUCACUGGACAGAGGCCAUGAUCCAGAGGGCACUGCAUCUAAUAGGUCAGGCAUUGCUUGAAGAGAAAACACAGCUUGAGGACAGCACCGUUGAGGAAGUGACAUUUGAUUUCAGCCUUAAGGCCCGCAUAAUUGGUUCUGAACAUGGGAAAUCAGUGUUCCUGUUGUUGUCAAAGAUUAAGGCUGUUCCUUCUCUUGAAGCCCAGAAAGACAUGAUCAAAUGGGUUUUACAGAUGUUUGAGAUUGUCAAGUGCCUUAGAGAGAAGUCUUGUCCAACAGCCUCGAUGAGCGUGGAGACCAAGCCAGAAGAGAGUGCUCAGGACAAAGAGAAAGCUGAGCGGAAAAGGAAGGCAGAGGCAGCCAAACUCCACCGGCAGAAGAUAAUGGCUCAGAUGUCAGCGAUGCAGAAGAACUUUAUUGAGUCGAACAAAAUGCUGUAUGACAAUAUGCCAGAGAGCGGGACUCAGGGCGAGCCUGUUGCAUGUAGUCAGAGCUCUGCAAUGGAUCAGAAGGAGCUCUGUGUAGCCAUCGGGCCCCAUCGAGGGUCCACCCCGGCAGAGAGGGAAGUACUGACCUGCAUCCUUUGCCAGGAAGAACAGGAAGUGGUGGCCCAAGCUCCAGCCAUGGUACUGACUGCUUGUGUCCAGAGGUCCACAGUCCUGACGCAGUGUAGAGGAAAGAUACCAAGCAACAGAGCAGAUGACACAGAGACGUAUCCACUCCUGAUGCCUCCUGAACUGGCAGUGGGAACUCAUACAGGCAGCUGUGGACAUGUCAUGCAUGCCACAUGCUGGCAGAAAUAUUUUGAGGCAGUCCAGAACACGACCAGGAAUCGACUCCAUGCUGAGCUGAUUUUUGAUCUGGAGAACGGGGAGUACUUGUGUCCACUUUGCAAGUCUCUGUGUAAUACUGUAGUCCCUCUCAUUCCCUUGGAGCAAUUAACUUUCAACUAUGAAAAUGCAGAGUUAAUUGGACAACAUUUGACCAUGCCCCGCUGGAUCCAGGUUCUCUCUGCCAGGAUUAAAGGACUCAAGUCAGUCACUCAGGAUAAUGAUUGCAAUACAGAAUGUAGUAGUUCGGAUGCGGACACAGGGCUUUGUGGAGAGGGCCAGCCAGACUUCAGAUCCAUCCUGAGCUACGGAGUACAAGAGCCGAGAAAGUUUUCAGAAAGCAUAUCUGAGAUGCUAGUCGUAUGUGCCACCACAGUCCACAGGGUAGGACUGCAGACAGUGCCCAAUGAACUGUGUCCUCGUGUGCCCCUUAUGGCCUGGAAUACAUGUGCCUUUACUAUCCAGGCCAUAGAGAAUAUUUUGCAGGAAGAGGACAAGCCACUGUUUGGGUCCUUACAAAACAGACAGCUUGCAGGUUUGAAAGCAGUUGUUCAGUUUUCAGCAGCCCAGAGAAUUAAGAGCUCACAGGCUGUAAUCCAAAGGCACUUUUCCGACAUGUUAGGAGUUUUGCUCCCAAUCAUGAGCAGAAAGACCACACCUUCUCUUCUGGAGGUGGACUUCUUCCAUCUGUUGGUGGGCUUGGUGUUGUCGAUACCAUCCCUGUAUCAGGAGGAGGCUGUAGACUUACAGCCCUCUGCUGUCAGCUCUGCCUACAACCAUCUGCACAUUCUGCAUCUGGUCACCAUGGCUCACAUGCUGCAGGUUCUUCUCAUCUCUACAGAUUUCCCUGCGGUGGUAAGCAGAGAGGACACGCAGGAGGCAAGAGCAGCAGCAGAACUGCAUACUACAGUAUUACAACACACUGGGAGGCUGAUUCCAGAUGUUCCUGGCAGCUCUGUGGCUGAAAGGGUGAAAAGAGGAAUCGAACCUUUCCUGCGGUGUGCAGCUCUGUUUUUCAGUUGCCUUACAGGGGUCCACCCUCCAGAGGAGCUUUUUAAUACUGCUGUUACUUCUCAAGGACAGAUGGAGGCACUAUGCAGUUACUUGGCGCUACCCUCCAAUGUGUUCCAUCUCUUCCAGGAGCACAGAGACACUGUUCAUCCACUGCUGCAGAGGUGGUGUGAGAACGCAGCUGUAACCAAAAUCCUAAAAGGCAAAGUACAGACAGUCAGAUACCCCAGGAGAAGGAAUCGUCUGAUUGAUCUUCCUGAGGACUACAGUGUCCUCCUCAAUCAAGCCAGUCAUUUCCAGUGUCCCAAGUCUACAGAUGAUGAGAGGAAGCAUCCGACCCUGUGCCUGUUUUGCGGGGCCAUGCUGUGCUCUCAGAGCUCCUGCUGUCUCAGCCAGGUGGAUGGGGAAGAUGUGGGAGCUUGCACUGCCCACGCUGCCACCUGUGGUGCUGGAGUGGGCAUGUUUCUCAGAAUAAGAGAGUGUGAAAUUGUCCUGAGGGCCAGUAAGACUCGAGGAAGCACAUACCCCGCACCGUACCUGGAUGAUUAUGGAGAGACUGAUCCUCACCUCGUAAGAGGCAAUCCAUUGCACCUUUGCCCUGAGCGUUACAGAAAGCUGAACCAGCUGUGGCAGCAGCACUGCAUUCUGGAGGAAAUCGCCCGCAGCCUAGAGGUGGUCAACGUCAUGUUUGCGUUUGAGUGGCAGAUGUUGUGAUGAUUGGUCCAGCUGUGGUUUCUGGGAAAUGAGAUGCAUCCAUAGAGCACAAUCUGCUGCAGUGCUGUUGAGGCACGUGCGCACGUACACGAGAAAACCCCAACAACCAUCCCCGUGUCACCAGUGGAGGCUCGAGUAUCCCAUCUUUCCCUUAUGAAACCCCCCGUCGGGAUCCAGAGAGUCGGGACAGUGGAACAGGAUGAAGAGUUACAGAGGGUGACGGAUUUUUGUGCAAACCCAAGUCGCCUUGUUUUAAUUUGAUUGUCUUCUGUGAGAAUGAGUUCAUCAUGGAGGAAGUGAAGUUAUUUGCAAAGAGGUUAAUUCAAAUAAAGACAAACGUCAAUCACAUGCACCAAUGUUUCUGUUAUCAGUUUAUGUAUUUGAUUUAUUUUCUCCUCAGUGAUGCUGUGAAUUAUCUGCAUUCUCUUUUUUUUUUGUGAUAGAAAUUAUUAUUUGUCAUAAGUUAUAAUUGUUGAUUUACUCUGUUUGGGAGGGUACAUUGUGUGAUAGCCAGAAAUCUAUCAUGUUUUUUUUUUUUGCCUGUUAACUAUGUAGACGGUCCAGAUUUUGGUGCCCUAUUUUACCUUAAAUCUUAAAUACACCUAUUAAACAUUUAUAAAAUAGACAUUAUUUUCAAAGCUGUAUUAAAGUAAGACACAAGUCAUCAGUAAGGUCAAAAUGUAUUAAAAUGGUCACUGAAAACUUGUACUGAUUUAAACGUAUGAAUGAAUCCUCUGAUAGAUCUAAUACCCUGUAGUUACAUGUCGCCAUAUUAACACGAAUUAAAGUAAAACUAUAUCGAUGUUCUAUUGGAGACUUAAAAUGUACAUUUAUUGAAAAAAUCUAAGGUAGCAUAUGAUAGAUUUCAGUUACUCAUUUAUUAUUUUCCAGUGUGAAUAUAUUAUUUUUUCCCCUCUUUGUGUUGUAUUACAUGGCUUCCAGGCUGUGGAAAUAAAGAUACCAGCCUAUUUACACAU